UUCAACAGUUUUGUUAGUGUUAAGGAACAGAAUGCAGUCUUCUUUGUUGGACAAGAAAUUACAAGGUUUCCAACUAAUAGCACAAGAAAAAUUACAAGCUAUUUUAUGUUCCAUACCAGGUAAAAAAGAUUUAAUAAUAGAGCCAGCCAUUAUUAAACCCUUGGAAUAUAUUUGUGCAGCCUCUUGGUUAAAACUUAAAGGAAUUCAACGUAUAUUUAAACUAGAUUCCCAUAAUGCCAUUACACGCUCUUCGCCAGACCAAGUUCAAUUGUACAUGAUACGCAGUGAUUUGUGUUCCUUUAGCCGUGUUUUGCAACAAAUCAAAUUGAUUUGUAAAUCUCAGACAUCAUGGCCCGAAGACAAUAAUUUCAAGUAUUUCCAUAUUAUAUGUGUUCCAUCAUGUUUUACUUACUUUUCUCAACUGUUGGAAAAGGAGGGACUUUAUGGUAUUGUAGGUUUGCAUCGAUAUAAUUGGGAUUUCAUACAUUUGGAUGAAGGUGUGCUGUGUAUGGAAAUGCCAAAUGUAUUUUCUACAGCCUACAUGAGAAAUGACUGUUCCCUAUUGCCUGCCAUAGCUCAUUCGUUACGAGUUCUACAAAUCCUAUGCGGUCGUCCCGACAUAACGCUUACCUAUGGUGAACACUCAGAAAACAUUGUUAAAAUGUUAAAUAAACUGGGGCCUUUACCAAAAAUGGGCGACGAUGAUAAAUCUAAUGAUUUUUCAGCUUUAUUGAUAAUAGAUCGUGAUAGAGAUUAUGCGGCACCGCUAUUGACACCAGCAAUUUAUUCAGCCCUCUUGUUGGAAGUAUUUCCCAAUAAUGCUGGCAUAUUGGAAUUGGAAAUGGACAAGAAUAAGAUACAACAGCAAAAAUUAACAAUAUUUAACAUACCCUCUAAAAAAGAUAUCGAACAAACAAAUAAGAGUGCGGCGAAUAAAAAAUCACCUACAAUACGUUUUAAUUCGCUGCAUGACGAGAUUUUCGCGGAGAAUCGUUAUAAACAUUUUUCCGCGGCAAGUAGUCAAAUUCGUCAACAGGCCAAGGCGAUGAGUUUGGAAUUGCAAAAAUUAAACAACAUGAAACUGGAUGAAAUGCAUGAUUAUGUUAAUCGUAAAUUACCCAAAAUUACGGAUAUUAAAAAUAAAUUACUGAGACAUUUAAAUGCCAGCGAAAAGGUUAUUGAAAUGUUGGGCUCAAAUUUUAGGCGUGUCCAGUCACUGGAAGAGGACAUUUUAAAUAAUGUAUCGCGUAAGAAAAUACUACAAGAUAUUGAAGAACUGCUAACCACAGAUGGUCAAAAAUAUAAUACCCUGCGUUUAUUGUCCCUGCUGCAUGUGUGUGCUGGCAUAACCUCUGAGGAACUGGCACAAUUUAUACGAAACUAUUGUAAUUAUUUUGGUUUAGAAUAUCUAACUAUAUUUGAGCAACUGGCACAAGUAGGUCUUUUGCCACCUGUGGUAGACGAAGUGACGACUCCCAUUAAUAAAACAGCAUCAAAAUUGUUAUCGAAUAUUCCCUUAAAUAUACCAAAAUUUCAACAGACCCAAUUUCAAGCUAAUGCAAAUCGUUUAAAAUUGAUGGUUUCAACAUCGGGAGAUGCAGAUGCCGAAAGUCCAACAAAUUCUAAUUCAAAAAAGUCACAAACAUCGUCAACAGCUUCCUCUUGUCCGAGUUAUGUGUUCAAUCGUCUUUAUAUACCUCUAAUUGCACAAUUAUCCUCAUUUCUUUUAAAGUCUGCAACUACAGAUGAUUUUAUUUCGAAAAUAGCUAUGAUUGAUGGCAUUCAAAUUAAUGGCCAACCCUUAAAGUCUUAUAAUCAAACCGUUAAACAAAGUGAUGCUAAAGAUUUGCUGCUGCUGCCAUUGAAGAAACGUCAGAUUAUGGUUUAUGUAGUGGGUGGCAUUACAUAUGCCGAGAUUGCAGCCUGUAAUUUAGUAUCGAAGAUUACAGAUUCUGAAAUAUUAGUGGCUUCAGAUUACGUUAUAUCGGGAGCUGACUUAAUAGCAGGUGCUUUUCAGUAAAUUAGAAUAAAAAGAAAAACUGGCGAGAACAAAAGCUUUAAUAUGCAGUAAUUGUAUACUAUAUAGUGGUUAAUUUUUUUUUAAAAAAAGUUCGAUACAGAAAUUUAGUCUCUUGCUAGACUUUUGACAGUGUGUUUUUUAAAUAAAACUCUCACAAAUAUUUUUACUGAAAAUCUCGAUACUCCUAUGUAUAUUAAAAGACAAUAUUUUAUUAUAUCGUUAUAUAUUUAUGUAUAUUGCACAAAAUCAAAUAUUUUAUACGUUUAUGAAUUUUUAAAUAAAAUUUUGAAAUAAAAA